AUGCCUUCAAAGACUAAGAAGCAACAGUCCAAAGGACAGUCUAGGCUGUCGAAUUCGGAUUUUUCUGCAUCUUCGCCUCGGACACCGUCUUUGACACCAUCUCUGAGUUCUCAACUUGAUGAGGAAGAUGUAUCCUUCUCUUUGGGAGAAGCAUCGAGCAGAUUCCCCCAUUUGAUUGACAAAUCUGCUUUGGUUGGCCGAAUUACCGAUGUAGUGCCUGAUUCUAGAGGUGGUAAAAUCUGGCUCUCGGAGUCUUCCAUGGUUGCUUCCUCUAUGCUCCCUGGCUCUGUUGUCUCGGUCUCAGUUGCUGCUUCAGCAAGUAAUGCUUUUCCUCUCAGAGAAAUAUCGAGUGAAUCCAAUACACAACAUGGCCUGGACUCGAUGGAUGAACUGACUUAUGCAGCUGGAAACUACUUUGCACUUGCUACUGUUUUUCCCUCGUGCAAGGUCGUAAAGACUGGAGUGCGGUUGUCCACAGAUCUGUGGUACACAAUGGGUUGUCCUGUUUCUGACACGGUUGCUUAUAUUUAUCCUAUAGACCAUACUAGUCAGAUGAAUCAAAUUAAUAAACGAGAUGAUAGAGCCAAACUAUGUAUUAGCCAUUGCAAUGAGUUGUACUUGGACCUAGCCCCUUUGAAGGAUAGAGUGCAAAUGAUAAGCGGAGGAAAACCACAUGAUUCAUCUGCAAAUGGUGUACUUUCAUCUCCUAGGACACCAUCGUGUCAAACAAAGCACAGAUCUCCUAGUUCUUCUGGUAAUGUAGCUUCACCAAAACCUGAAGAAGCAGGGUUUAGUUUAUCAUAUCCCCAGGGUACAUUUGCGGAUUCAUUUGAAAUUAGCGAGGUACUUAAGGAUGAAAAUGCAAAAAAGCUUCUGCAGGUGUCUGCUGCUUCAUGGUUAUGCUCUCGUAUUUUGAUUUGUGGGAACCUUGUUGCCAUCCCAGUGAUGUCGGAGCUCGUCAUUUUCCGUGUGACGAAUUAUAGCAAAUUUACAGCUAAUGAUGAUGGCCAAGCCAUGAUAGGCGAAAGGAACAGUAUUUACUUCCAAAAACCGAAAUUGGUAAACCUUGGGAAUGAUGCCAUGAUCUUGAAUCAUGAAACACAAGUGUACUUUUGUCAGCCAGAAAACUCAGCAGAUGAAACCCCGAAGGAAAAGAUGUUGCCAUCUAUGCAAAUUGGAAGUGAGACUGGGAAAAGCAUUAGACAUGAUGUGCGCAAAUUAGGUGGCCUAUGUGAAGAAUAUGCUGUUUUGAGGCAGAUAAUUACAUUUUCAAUGGACAACACUUUAUCAAGUCUUGGUUUACGAGCUAUGAAGGGAGUGCUUCUUCAUGGCCCACCUGGCACUGGAAAGACCUCUUUGGCUCGACUAUGCGCCCAUGAUGCAGCUGUAAAAAUUUUCACUGUCAAUGGACCCGAGAUAAUUAGUCAAUAUCACGGAGAGAGUGAGCAAGCAAUGCGUGAAGUGUUUGAUUCUGCAAGCCAAGCUGUACCUGCUAUGGUGUUCAUUGAUGAGUUGGAUGCCAUUGCACCUGCACGCAAAGAAGGAGGUGAUGAGCUAUCUCAAAGAAUGGUAGCCACACUAUUGAAUUUGAUGGAUGGUAUUAGUAGGACUGAUGGCGUGCUCAUUGUUGCUGCAACAAAUAGGCCUGAUAACAUUGACCCUGCUCUGAGACGGCCUGGAAGACUUGAUAGAGAGAUUGAAAUAGGUGUUCCAUCAGCUCAACAGCGAUUAGAGAUACUCCAGACUAUUCUUGGUGAAAUGGAACAUUUAAUUUCAGAUUUGCAAGCCAAAGAUCUUGCCAUGACCACGCAUGGCUUUGUAGGUGCUGAUUUAGCUGCACUCUGUAAUGAAGCCGCCUUGGUAUGUCUUAGGCGUUAUUCCAAACUAGUAGACAAAUCUGGCAACAACUCGCAUUGCGACACAUCAUCUUGUGCAGAUUCUGGAUCUCAGAGUGUCUCUAAUGUACCUGUUUCCUCACAAGUUCCAGCAUCUUCUAGCUUAAGUGCUGCUUUCUCAUCAGUGGCCGAUAAUAUUGAUGAUCGUAUAAGUAAUGAUCGUGACAACGUGUUUCCAGUUGAAGAAAAGUUAUUAAAAGUUGUGUUUGAAGAUUUUGAAAAGGCCAGGACGAAAGUGAGGCCUAGUGCCAUGCGAGAGGUAAUACUAGAGGUACCAAAAGUUAAAUGGGAAGAUAUUGGUGGCCAGAGAGAAGUGAAAGCUCAACUAAUAGAGGCAGUUGAAUGGCCUCAAAAACAUCAGGAUGCGUUCCAACGCAUUGGCAUACGUCCCCCAAGUGGAAUUUUGAUGUUUGGCCCUCCUGGUUGUAGUAAAACCCUCAUGGCACGUGCAGUAGCAUCUGAGGCUGGAUUGAAUUUCUUUGCUGUCAAGGGUCCAGAACUUUUCAGCAAAUGGGUUGGUGAAUCUGAAAAGGCUGUAAAGUCCCUUUUUGCAAAGGCCAGGGCAAAUGCCCCAUCAAUUAUUUUCUUCGACGAGAUUGAUGCUCUUGCUGUCAUCCGUGGGAAGGAGAGCGAUGGAGUUUCAGUAUCUGACCGCGUCAUGGCUCAACUUCUGGGUGAAUUGGAUGGUUUGCACCAAAGGGUGAAUGUUACGGUUAUUGCAGCCACAAACCGUCCAGACAAGAUCGAUCCUGCCCUUUUAAGGCCAGGACGCUUUGAUCGAUUGCUAUACGUGGGACCUCCAAAUGAGACAGAUAGGGAAGCCAUAUUUUCUAUCCAUCUAAGGAAACAUCCUUGCAGUUCAGACAUCAAUAUGAAACAACUAGCUAGUCUAACACAUGGUUACACAGGAGCUGAUAUAUCAUUUAUAUGCCACGAAGCAGCAAUUGCAGCGCUUGCGGAAAACAUUGAUGCCUUGGAAGUAACAAUGCGGCAUUUGAAGCAUGCAAUUGGAAAAGUCAACCAAUCACAGGCUCAGUCUUAUGAAAUGUUAUCUGCUAGAUUUCAGAGGCUCGUUCAAACGAGUAAUGGACAAGAUGAAUCAAGAUAG